UUUAUUGCCGUGUGAAAAUGCACAGAAUUUAACUGCAUUUGCUUUAUUUUAUCGGUGACUGGGGUAAGUAUGGAUGAUAGAAUCGUAGUACGCAAGAAGAGAGGCCGACCAAACAGAGGAGGAGGGCGCUUUAAUCGUGGUUCAUCAAAAAGUUCACGAGGAAGAGGCAGUCGAAGAGAUGACGACCGACAAUAUGGAGACAGAGGGAGAGUAGAUAAUGAUGACAGAUAUCGGAAGAAUUUGGCACAACCAAGUCCUAGUUUUGAGAAAGAGGUCCGUGUACCCAUGCAGAGACUUCUGAUGACAACAGAAAACCAAGAUAUGGUGGAGGACAUGCUUAGAGAUUUACGUGGGGAAGAAAUUGACACAUACAGUGAUGAGGAAUAUGAUGAGUUGGAUGACCGCUAUGAAGACCAGUACUGGUUGACAGACAAUACACUGGUUGUGGAGGAAGCUGUCAACUAUGCUGGUCCAAAAUCUACAGGACAAAAAAAAUAUACAGUGGAGAACGUCAAUAGAUAUGCUGUCAAUAAAUUAGUCAGGUAUGGCUUUGAAAAGCAGAGAUGUAUUGAGGCACUGCAGCUUCUGGACGGAGAUAUUGGAUCAUCACUGGAAUAUCUCUACAAUAAAUGUUUCGACUUGCCCUCCCAUGUAGCUAUGAGUAAUGAUGUUGGGGAGGAUAGUGAUGGUAAUGGAGAGACUGAAGAUAAAGUCAUUAAGAGUAAGGAGGAAAAGCUGGAAGAGGGAGGAGUUACCUGGGAGGAAAUAGAGGAACAGAGGAAGGAGGAAAUUCUAGCUCUGGAAUCUAUCUAUAUUGAUGAAUUUGAAGUUAGAAUCCCAAACAGACUAUGGAUGUUCCGUCUUGAAUUGAAAAAUUUGGUUGAUAUGGUGAUGGAAUCUGGUGGAAAUUCAAAAUUUAGUAAAGAAGCAGAAACAGAAAGGGAUUCAAAUAUAUGUAAAUUUUAUCAGAAAGGGUCAUGUCGGUUUGGUGAAAAAUGCAAAUACAAACACUCUUUGGAAGUGACAAGCACAAAUCGUGAAGCUACUGAAAAGGAUGACAAAGCGAACUUCGAACUUGAACUUCGCUUUUUGGAAGAUAAUAUUUACCCAUAUGAACCUCCUAUUAUUGGGUUUUCUUCUUUAGUGCCAGGUUUUCCUUAUCAUUUAUGUUUGAAUAUAACAGAGGGGCUGUUAAAUGAAGCCAAAGAGCUAGCCUCCAAUCAGUCCCCUGCAUCGUUCUCUCUAAUAGCCUUGUUGGAAGAUGACCUAAUGAUUGCUCAGUGGAUAGAAAAACCUCCUCUACCCUUCAGUCUUCCAGAAUCAGAACCUUCCAUCAUCCCUAGUUUAAGACAUGACAUGAAACUUGGAAGCCCAAAGUCAUCUGAAAAUUACCAUGCUGCAGAAAAUUUGGAAGAUGAGUACUCAGGAAAUUAUGAUGAUGAAGAUGCAAAGGAUUUGAGAGUUACAGAAGGAGGAAACAGUAAACAAAACAAGGGAGACAUAGAGGAAGUGGAAGACAGACCUGUGGCAAUGAAGAGGACAAUUUCCAGAGAGUCAGAAAACAAUCAAAUAUCAGAAGGAGAGCUUCUCAAGCAAAACAGAAGACUUAAAGAUGAAUUCAAAAGAAAACAGGUACAUUAUUUGAUUGGGGGUGCUUUCUCAAAAAAGCGCUUGCCAGCAUGGAACAAACAAGAAGACAUUUUGGAAGCUCUGAAGAAGCACCAGGUUCUGGUAAUCAGUGGAAUGACAGGGUGUGGAAAGACAACACAGGUGCCCCAGUUUAUCCUGGACUCCUACUUAAGGAAUGAGAAGGGUCUGAAGAUGUGUAACAUUCUGUGUACACAGCCUCGGAGGAUUUCUGCCAUGGCUGUAGCUGAGCGAGUGGCGGAGGAAAGGGUGGACAAGCUGGGGAGAAUUGUGGGAUAUCAGAUCAGACUGGAGAAAGUGCAGUCUUCAUUGACAAGACUGCUGUUUUGUACAACUGGAAUUGUUCUGAGAAGAUUAGAGGGGGAUCCAGAUCUUAAUGGGGUGUCACAUGUCAUUAUUGAUGAAGUCCAUGAGAGAUCAGAGGAAAGUGACUUCCUGAUGAUGUACUUGCGAGACAUGCUCCCUAAGAGACCAGAUCUGAAGGUUAUCCUGAUGAGUGCCACAUUGAAUGCUGAGCUGUUCUCAGAAUACUUCAAUGGCUGUCCUGUCAUUGAUAUUCCUGGAAAAGCCUUUCCUGUCCAGUCCUUCUUCCUAGAGGAUGCUACAGAGCUAACAGGAUUUGUGAUGGAAGAAAGGUCGCCAUACGCCCGCCCCCUGAAGCAGAUGAAUGCAGUCAGACAGGGACAGUCCUGGCAGACGUAUGAGGAAGAUCUUAACACAGAUCCAGGGAAACCCCCAGGGGAGAGGGUGAAGGAUGAAAACCUCACAGUCAAACAGCUGAUGUACCGAUACUCAGAGUAUAAAAAGUUGACCUGUAAAGCUCUGUCCAUGAUGGACUUGGACAAGAUUAACUACGACCUGAUUGUGGAUCUGCUGGAGUGGAUUGUGGAUGGAGACCAUCAGUAUUCAAAAGGAGCUGUUUUGGUGUUUCUGCCAGGGUUUGCUGAGAUACAACAGCUGUAUGAGGCACUGACAUCUCAUCGGGUGUUUGGUGUCAGGAGUGGGGGCAGGUUCAAAAUCAUUCCUCUGCAUUCUACACUGUCCAGUGAGGACCAGCAUGCAGUUUUUCUGAAACCUCCAGAAGGUGUUACAAAGAUUGUCAUAGCAACCAACAUAGCAGAGACGUCCAUCACAAUAGAUGACAUCACCUUUGUCAUUGAUGCUGGAAAAAUGAAAGAGAAAAGGUAUGACUUCAGCAAAGGAAUGGAGAGUCUGGACACUGUGUGGGUGUCCCGGGCUAAUGCUCUCCAGAGGAGGGGGAGGGCUGGGAGGGUCACGUCGGGGGUCUGCUUCCAUCUCUUCACCAGUCAUCGCUUUGACUACCACCUCCAGGAUCAGCCAAUCCCUGAAAUUCAAAGAGCACCUUUGGAGCAAAUCUGUUUAAGGAUCAAAAUGUUGGAUAUCUUUAAGACAGUAAAUGUUCAGGAAGUAUUGGAGCAACUGCCAGAACCACCCUCUGAAGAAUCCAUCAUGGCAGCUCUCAAACGUUUACAAGAUCUAGGUGCUCUGGAUGAAGACAAUGAGUUAACCCCCUUGGGUUAUCAUUUGGGAUCAUUACCUGUAGAUGUCAGAAUUGGGAAGUUGAUGCUGUUUGGAGCAAUAUUCAGAUGCCUUGACCCAGCAUUAACCAUUGCUGCAACUCUUAGUUACAAGUCCCCAUUUGUGUCUCCGUUUGACAAGAGGGAUGAGGCAGACAAGAAGAAAUUAGAAUUUGCUGUGGGGAAUUCUGAUCACCUUACAAUGCUCAAUGCAUACAAGGGAUGGAUCGAGUCCAGAUUGAAGUCCCAUAAUGAGGGCUACAGAUUCUGUCAUGAAAAUUUCCUGUCAUAUAAGUCCCUCCAGAUGUUGGCCAGUAUGAAGCAGCAAUUUGUGGAGCUGUUGUCAGACAUUGGGUUUGUGAAAGAGGGAAUUGUGGUCCGAGAUGUGGAAAGAGCAGCCAGGGGAGGAUCUGAUGGGGUGGUGGAUGUCACAGGGAUAGAGGCCAAUAUUAAUUCAGCAAACUGGAAGCUGGUUUCUGCCAUCUUGGUUGGAGCAUUGUAUCCAAAUGUUGUGCAGGUGAUGAAACCAUCCAACAAAUUUAGCCAAGGAAGCACAGGUGCACUUUACAAGGCUCCAAAACCAGAUGAACUGAAGUUUAGAACUAAAUCUGAUGGUUUUGUCCACAUCCAUCCUUCUUCUGUGAACUUUCAAGUGAACCAUUAUGAGAGUCCCUAUCUUGUUUACCAUGAAAAAGUGAAGACCACAAAGGUAUACAUCCGAGACUGUACCAUGGUCAGUAUGUACCCCCUGCUGCUGUUUGGGGGAGGAAGCAUCUCGGUGGAUUUGGAGAAAGGAAACUUUGUCCUUUCUAUAGAUGAUGGCUGGAUAAGAUUUCUCGCAGAUUCUCCAAAGGUGGCUGAGUUGGUGCGAGAGUUAAGACUAGAACUGGAUCAACUCCUAACUGAUAAAAUACAGAACCCACAUAUGGACUUGUGUAACUGUCCCAAGGGAAGCAAAAUCAUCGACACCAUAGUGAAACUUAUAAGUACCCAGUAGUGCUCUACAGAAGUUCAUCUAAUGCUGAAGCAUUGUUUAUAACUGUAGAUACAGGAAGGCAUGACAAUAAUUCACAUCAUUUAUACACACAUGUACUGUACAUGCAAUUUAUUAGGUAAUGGUGCUAUGAGUACAACGUACCUCUUUCAGAAGACAGUAUUUCAGAUGUGAACAUAGUCUAGCUACAGAACUGUAGCAUUAUGGUUUUAUAUUUCAGUCUUUGACCAUAAUGCUACAGAUCCAGUAAUGCAAAAAAGGUUCAAUCAAAGGCGCAAGAUUUUCUGCAUAGCAUAGUAUAUAUAUAAUGGGAUAAUUUCUCAACUUUCCAACAAGCUACCUUAAAGCCCUUAAUUCUAGACCGUUCUUUAACCAAUGCUUAUAUUUUAUCUGCCUUCCAAUCUUUCACACUUCUCUCUAGCGACCAAAAAAUUCUCGUUUUGAAACAUUCUGUCGCAUGGCAGAAAAUUCAGAACAAGUGAGUUACUGGUCUGUGGGACGACUAUAAAUUUUUUUGGUUUGGAGAUGGAUAAAAUACAUACAUUUUAGUUGUUUAAAAUUUCUGUCUGGAAUAUGGGGGUAUAAGACGUUGAUCGACCAAUGAUGGAAACUGGCAAAAUUAUCCCCAACAGUAUGCAGAAAAUCUUGUGCCACAAAUUGCACAAUUUUUGCAUUAAGGGAUAUGUAGCAUUAUGGUUAAAGACUACUACAUAAAAUCUAGGGAUGUCAAAAUAUUUAUUUCCCUUAGUCGAACAUUCGAUUGCAUUAUUCGAUCGAUAGCGUAUUUAUAAAUCAAAAACCCCUUUCGUAGAUUUACAUAAAAAGUAACAAGAAAUGCCUAGUAUACAGUGUAUUAUUUAUACACCGAUAUUCAAAUGAAAUACUAGUUUUAUCAGCAAUUAAUUCUCCAAAAUGUAUAAAUUCUCGUAAAUCACAUUCAAAAGUUGGUCUGUACAUUCUUUCAUUCUAGUAUGCUUAGAGAAUUGUCAGCACAGUGUUUUUAAAGCUUAUUAAACUGUUAAAAAUAAAUUGGAAAAGGGGAGGGGCUACCACACACUAUCCACAUGUCAUGUGAUAUUGUUAAAUACUGUUUGUUUGAUAAUUGAUUAGCCCGGCUAAUAAGUUGUCCUUAAUAUGAAAGAUUACGAUUUGACAAGAUUUAAUAUGUUUUGAUAAUUAUAGAAGUUUCAAAACUUGAAGGAAUGGUGUGUACCUAUAGCAUUCUUAUAGGUAAUAAAUAGGUUUAUAGUUGGUAUAAGUCCAUUUAAUAAUUUUCAAAGUCCUGUAUAGCGCUGCAUAAAUUGAUUUACUAAAAUAAUAACAAGAGGCCCAGGGGCCAC